AUGUCAUUGAAAUUAGGUGAUCAAUUUCCAAACUUUCAAUUGAAAACCACGAUUGGCGACAUUCAACUCCACGAAUGGCUAGGAGACAGUUGGGGAAUAUUAUUCUCCCACCCAGCUGAUUACACGCCAGUCUGUACCACCGAAUUAUCACGUGCUGCUAAACUAGCACCUGACUUCGCUAAACGAAAUACUAAACUCAUCGGUUUAUCAUGCGACUCUCUCGACAAUCACCACGGAUGGAUCAAAGACUUACAAGCAUACAGCGGCCCAAACUUUCAAUGCACAGGAGAUAAAUGCAAAAUAAUUCCACACGGUGAAUUUGCUUUCCCAAUUAUCGAUGACAGCGACAGAAAAUUAGCCAAAGAACUUGGAAUGAUCGAUCCAGCUGAAUUCGACAACAAAGGUCUACCCUUAACAGCUCGUGCCGUAUUCUUCAUUGGUCCCGACAAGAAAGUGAAAGCAAGCUUACUUUACCCAGCAACAACUGGACGAAACUUCGAUGAAAUUCUUCGUUUACUUGACUCACUCCAACUUUCAGCUAAAUUACCCAUUGCCACACCAGUUGACUGGAAGGUUGGCGACAAAGUCAUGGUCCCACCAAGUGUUAAAGACGAAGACGUACAGAAAUUUUUUCCACAAGGUGUUCAAGUUAAAAACGAUCUUCCCAGCGGCAAAGGCUAUAUCCGUAUGGCACAAGUUUAG